CCACGUCGGCCAGCCCCUCGCUUACAUCCUGUCCCUGCUCGCCUAUCAUAGGACUGAAGGACUGACUGUUCGGACUGUUUGUGUAGGGCUCGUUCUUUGGUCGGGAUCUACAGCCCAGUGCUUCCCUGUUCUACGUUGAAUGCCGGUACCCAUUAUCGCAUGGCGAGAUUGUGUGAGAUUGAGUGAUUGCUCAGCCUGAGACCCCCAUUCAUUCCCGCUGUGCUGCUUAACCCGAUGCUUACAUUAUUCCCAUCUCCGUGACCCCCAUUAUCAAUCCUACAUUCCUGCCACCGUCAGGUCUGGUAGACAGACACAUCGUUGGGACAACAUUCCAGAGUGAGACUAGCCAGUACCCAUGUGAUCGUCAACAACCAAACCGCCUGGAUCGCCGACGAGCAUGCUGCUGUGUCGACGCAGUGUUCCCGCCCAGAGCACUACAGCCCAGCCAAGAUAAGCCUAAGACUGAUCUACAGAUCGUACUACGAUGGCCAUCCAAAGAUCACCCGCCAGAUCCGGACGGGGCGGCGGCUUCUUAACGUCGGCCUUACGCUUUGCAGGCUACGACUUCGACUGUCGCUCUACAACCCCGACUUCACAGGCUAAUUCCACCAAACCCGGCGCAGGCGGCGUGUCGGCAGGAGGGAGGUAUAUGCAUACGCUCCCGCCAGACGUGGAGUCUGCCAGGUCCCUCUUAGAGGAGUACAGCGGGAUUCCUCCCGAACAUGUGGACACCCACGUUUACCAGAUGCGCGAUCGGCUUUGGGAUGUGUAUCCGUUUGCCUGCGUGGGGCGAUUCCGCUUCUUGUCCUUCGAAUUCACCGCGGACGCCUACUACCAAGUAGCCCUCUUCCGGCUACUGCAGGCUCAGACUGAACCCGAACCCGCCGAGCACGAGACACGUCUGCUAGAUGUAGGCUGUUGCGUCGGCCAAGUGCUGCGCAAGCUCGCCUUCGACGGCGUCGACUCCUCGCGGCUCUACGGAACCGACGUCGAGCCUCGAUUCCUGGACAUCGGCUACGAACUGUUCCGCGACCGGAACACGUUCCAAGCUGACUUCGUGAUCGGCGAUCUGGUCAAGCAAGGUGAAGGCGACGAGAGACUCGAUGUCCUCGACGGGAAGAUGACCUUCAUCCACGCGACCAGCUUCUUCCACCUCUUCACCUGGGACGACCAGGUGCGCGCCGCGAUCCGGAUGGUGCGGUUCCUGCAGCCAGGACGACGAGACGCCAUGAUCUUCGGCCGCCAGGUCGGCACGGUGCUGCCCAGGGACAACGGCAAGGCCGGGAGCGACAAGGUCUAUCUACACAACGCCCACAGUUGGCAGCGGUUAUGGGACGAAGUUGGAGAGCGCACUGGCACGAAAUGGAAGACUACUAUGGAACCGACGGAAACGAUAGAAACUGGCGCCGGGGGCGUGGAAAGCUCAUUGCGGAAGAUGACUUUUAGCGUCGUGAGGGGUUAAUUCAUUGGAUUACUAUUAGAUGGGUGAUUGGGCGGGCUUAUUUUCACAUCUUUAGCGGACAGCAUUAGCAAGGGGGUUAAUUACUACGCAUAGCAUCUUGGAUAGGGGUUUUCGGAGCGAGCGUUCCUCAAGUGCACGGCACACACAUUGUAUUCAUUGAGGCUUUUGCUCCAAAUAGCGAAGGGCGGCGGGUAUUUGUAUGGGAGUUUUUGGUGGGGGGUCCUCUGUCAUUCGUUAUCUUGCUACUUGAGAAGGGGGGGAAGGAAAUAUCAUUAUGGGUUAU